GCUGUUGUAAAUUAUAUAUUCUUGCCAGGUCAGCUAUUUUACUGUUGCUGGUUUCUUUGACAAACGAAGUUUCAAUUGUCUGAGUUUAGAAACCGCCGUUUGCACCCAACAUUUCACUAUUGAUUGGUGUGCUUUCUCAUGGCAGACAAGCAAAAAGAAGAUAAUAAUGCUCUAUUUAAAAAGCUGCUCAGUGAGCGAACAGAUAAAAUCGACAACCUGAAGUUAACCUACGCAGUGCUGGCCAAGCGGAUUCCUGAGAUACAUCAGCCUGGAGACAAUAAGUCGGAUAAAACCACGGAUAAUACCACCAUUGUAGACACAAAGGCCUUUUCGUUACUCGAAAAUCUGAUAGACGAAUGUAUAUUUGAUACAUUGUUAGGGGUUCACAAGGAUUUACGAACUAGAACUUCUGUAUGCCAAAUAUGUAAAACAAAAUGCCAAGGCUAUGUAAACAAAGCGGGAUGUGACAUAUUCGGAAAUAGCUUCACUUCUGCCAACUUACCUUCGUACGAAUGUGUCAAUUGUCACAAAAUGUAUCCUGCAACUCGAUAUGCUCCCCACUUGGAAAAAUGCUUAGGUUUAGCAGGCAGACAGUCCAGUAGAGUUGCCAGCAGAAGAAUGGGCUCACAGUCUCCAUACACGGCUGUCAACAUGUCGGAGGACAGUAUGGGAGGAAGUGACAUAGAACCAAAUUCUAUGGAGAAAAGGCGACGGAAAGCCAUGAGCAAGGUAUUAAAAACUGAUGUGAAGCUUUGGGGAUAGGGGCGAUUCCACAGCCAUAUUCUGACGAUUUUCGGUUGUCUAGCUUUCUGACUUGUCAAGACUAAAGAAAAUGAGAGCGCAUGGUAAGAUGCAUAUGAUUAUGUUUAUGCUAUAUGUUAUCAAAUUAGCUGGCUAA